CCGUGGACAUGCUCUAGCUUACGGGACGGAAAAGCAAUCGCAAAAACUCUUUUGAGUCUGGCCGCUCUUGUUUCUGAACUAAACUGAAUACUAGUUGGCAAGUGUACGAUAACUUAGCAGAAAGUUUUAUUUUCUUUGUAAAAAGUAUUUUAAAAAUAUGGGAAAAACAUCAAAAGAUAAACGUGAUAUAUAUUAUAGAAAAGCAAAAGAAGAAGGAUGGCGAGCUCGAAGUGCUUUUAAAUUACUUCAAAUCGAUACCGAAUGUCACAUCUUUGAUGGAGUGUCUAAAGCAGUAGAUUUGUGUGCCGCACCUGGAAGUUGGAGUCAAGUGUUAGCUUGCAAGCUGAAUGAAAAUUAUAAAAAAGCUAUAGAAAAAGAUGAAGAUGCCUCUCCUCCAAAAAUUGUGGCAGUUGAUCUACAAGCAAUGGCACCUUUAGAAGGAGUUAUUCAGCUUCAAGGUGAUAUCACCAACACCAAGACAGCAGAACAUAUUAUUGCCCACUUUGAUAAUACUAAAGCAGAUCUGGUUGUAUGUGAUGGAGCGCCUGAUGUGACUGGUCUGCACGAUAUGGAUAUAUUUAUUCAAUCACAGUUGUUGUUGGCUGCUCUGAACAUAACUACACAUAUCUUGAGACCUGGUGGAACAUUUGUGGCAAAGAUUUUUCGUGCCAAAGAUGUCUCAUUAUUGUAUGCUCAAUUAAGGAUAUUUUUUCCAUAUGUUUACUGCACAAAACCCAGCAGUUCCCGCAACUCAAGUAUUGAGGCAUUUGUAGUUUGUAAAGAAUAUUCGCCGCCAGAAGGUUAUCAGCCACACAUGCUUAAUCCUUUGUUGACACAUGAGCCUUGCAAUUUUGAAAAGCUGACAGGAAUAAAUAGGGUUAUUGUCCCUUUUGUUGUAUGUGGAGAUCUUAAUCAACUGGAUUCCGACACGUGUUAUCCUCUGAAUUACGAAGGGAAAGAAUACAAAUAUCGAGAACCAGUGCAAUCCCCCAUUGCACCGCCUUACGAGGAAGCAUUGGCUUUGAAAGGAAAUAAAAAGGCUGGAGAAAACGCAUUUGUCUUGGAUCACAAUACUGACUUUAGUGAAGCUGACAUCAGUACGAUAGUCGAAAACGAAAAUGCGAUGUCUGUAUUUGAGGCACUCGUAAUGGAAGUACCUGACAAAGUUUCUUGUAAUGAUACUGAAACAACUGUUGACGCUUUAAAAAAUUUAUCAAUAUCCAAAGAUAAAGAAUAAAAUUAAUAAUAACUGAAA